UUUGGGAGAUAGAAUCGUUUAAAAGGAGAAAAGAAAUAUUUUGAAAAUGUCACGCAGAAUACGAGGGACUGAGCAUUGUACCUUCUUUCUCUGCAAAAAACUUAAACGUUGAUUUGACUCAUCUUCAACGUUCAACAUCCAACAUCUCCUCCUCUUCAAUGGCUACCGCUACUGAGUUCCAGUUUCCCCCACGGUUCUUUAAAGCUUUCGUCUCCCAUUUCAGCUCAGAUUCCAUGGUGAUCCCAAUCCCCUACUACGAUCAGCUUCCACGUCUUUUGCCCAAAAAGGUGAUACUCCAAGGACCUGGUGGACGCUCUUGGAACGUAGCGACCAAGAUCAGGGGAGAUGAAGUGCAUUUUACACAAGGAUGGCCCAAAUUCGUCGAGGAUAACACUCUUAACGACGGAGACUUUUUGACCUUCGUGUAUAAUGGUAACCACAUAUUCGAGGUCAGUAUCUACCGCAGCAGCGAUGGAUGUAAAGAGAGUAGCAAAGUCUUUGAAGUGGAAGAGGACGAAGGAGACAGUGUUUGUUCUCUGAGCAGUGAAGACACAGACACUCGUUCUAAACUUGAGAUGGAGAAUCCAAUCCCGGAAGGCAGAGACAAAGGAAAGUCAAAAGUGGUAGUUGUGGAGGAUUCUGAUGAAGACGAGGAUAGUGUUUAUUCUGAAAGCAGCGAAGAUACUGAAACAGAAUCUGACAGUGGCUCUGAGUUCAAGAUAGGCAAGACAACCCCCACACGCAAGAACAAAGGAAAGAAGAAAGAUCAGGAAGCUGUGCCUGUGGAGGAGGAGUCUUCUGAGGAAGACGGUGACGGUGACAGUGACAGUGAUUAUGUUGAAGCGUUUGGUAAAUUAGAUGUUGAAGACAAAUCCAACAGUGAGGACAGUUCUUAUGCUCCAGAGGAAGAAGACACAACCGCCAGCACCACUUGCGUCAAAGCAAAGGUGCCAAAUCUGAAGAGGAAAGAGGCGGCAAAGAAGAGGAAGAAAGUUGAGCCCAAGAUCAAAAACCCUGAGACAUAUCUUGAUGAUCCAAAGAACAUAUACUUUGAGACGAACGUGAAGAAUAGGUUGUACGAGCUGUUGGUUCAUGCACAAAUGGUGAAAGACUAUUGCUUGAGGUUUGGAGACUAUGUUGACUACAUUGACAGAUUCGGGAAACUUAGAGCGAAAACAGCAAAAUGGAAGGAUCAACGUGUGUGUAUCAAAAGAUGGAUGAGCAUAUGCAAGAGGAACGGGUUGACGAAAGAGGACCGCGUUUUGUGUGAGCUCUUGCGCAGGGGUUCUUUCGUUUACGCGAUCAAACUCCAUGUCAUCCGCGGGGAAAAUCUGUAGACGCCGCCAUUAGUAUGAGUAGAGAGAGAGAGAGAUUGUGUUUCUCAUUUAUGAUUUCAUCUUGUUGUGGUCAAGCAAACAUCAUCCUCAACUAAACUUAUGAGUUUCAUUAUU